CGACGGUAAUACUCUCCGCCUCGACGCUUGUUCAACGGUCGUCCGUCACUGUCGAGAUACAGCCAUGUCCAACUUGCCGACGAAACAGAAGCUUUGGGGUGGCCGUUUCACAGGCAAAACCGAUCCGCUCAUGCACGAGUUCAACCAGUCUUUGAAAUAUGACAAACGCAUGUAUGCGGCUGAUAUCAACGGCUCAAUCGCGUACGCAAAAGCGCUGGCGAAAGUGGGAAUCCUCACCGAAGACGAAAACGAGAAGAUUGCCGAUGGUCUUCGCGCCGUAGGGAAAGAGUGGGAGAACGGAACUUUUCAGAUUCAGGCCGAUGAUGAAGACAUUCACACUGCGAACGAGCGCCGGCUCAGUGAAUUGAUCGGCCCUCUCGGAGGCAAACUGCAUACUGGCCGUUCCCGUAACGACCAAGUGGCCACCGAUAUGCGUCUCUGGUUGCUCGAGCAGAUCGAGAGCAUUGAACGCGGGCUGAAGGACUUCCUGCGCGUUUUGGUGGAGCGCGCUGACAAGGAGAAAGAUUACCUUCUUCCUGGAUACACUCACCUUCAGCGUGGCCAACCCAUUCGGUGGUCUCACCUCCUCCUAUCACACGCUUUCUCGUUCAAGGCCGAUCUGCAGCGUCUGCAGCAACUUACACCCCGUGUCUCUGUGCUUCCACUCGGUAGUGGCGGUCUUGCCGGCAACCCCUUCGCUGUUGACCGCGAAUUCCUCCGAGAGGAGCUCGGUUUCGACUCCGUGGCAGAGAAUAGCAUGUAUGGCGUUGGCGACCGGGACUUUAUCGUCGAAUUCAUGAUGUGGGCGAGCUUGACGAUGACCCACGUGAGCCGGCUCGCCGAGGACUUGAUCAUCUACUCUACUGCGGAGUUCGGGUUCGUCACCUUGAGCGAUGCUUACUCAACGGGAUCAAGUAUCAUGCCACAGAAGAAGAAUCCUGACUCCCUCGAACUACUUCGCGGAAAAUCUGGUCGGGUGUUCGGAAACAUGGCCGGCUUUGUGAUGACGCUGAAGGGACUGCCUUCUACGUAUAACAAGGAUCUACAGGAAGAUAAAGAACCGCUCUUCGACGCAGUCGACACCAUGGAUGCCUGUCUGCGCAUUGCGGAGGGGGUGAUUGCAACAUUGGAGGUUCACCCCGAGAAAAUGCGGGCAGCCUUGACCAUGGACGUCCUCGCCACCGACCUCGCGGAUUAUCUCGUGCGGAAAGGGAUUCCGUUCCGCGAGACGCACCAUAUCUCGGGAAGGGCCGUCGCGCUUGCGGAGGCUCGGAAGUGCCAGCUCAACGAUUUGACACUAGAGGACUACAAGUCCUUAAAUACUAAGUUCGAGGAAGACAUCCACCAGGUCUUCGACUUCGAGGCGAGCGUGGAGAGGAGGCAGUCGAUUGGUGGACCGAGUCGACAGAUGCUUGAGCGCCAGAUAGCGGUGCUUCGGGAGGCCCUUGCCGCAUGAUAGAAACUGUGCAGAAAACUUGACGGAUCGACAGCUGCGAUUGUCGUUGCACAGCUGUUAUUGCGUCGCUUCGUGAGCACUUCGACUGAGCAGUGAGCGAUUUUGUACUACUGCCCCCGGCAAAUGCGGGACGGGACAACCG